UUUUUCAAGUCUGCGAGACAACAAUAUCCCUAUGCUUCUUCCAAUUACAUCAUUCCUUCUAUAUUUUGCAUCUUUUUGUCUUAUUUUUCCCCUCUCAAAACCUCUUCGGGAGAUGAUUUACAUGUUUCCUGUAAAGUUUUGAGAAAGGAAAUUAAUUUGUUUGCACAAAUUUGGAGGUUGAGGAAUACAAACAAUUUCUGAUUGUUGAGGGGGGUUUUAGAAGAAGCAUUUUAUUGUUUCUUGUGAUGUACAUAUAGUUGUGAAUGAACAUAUUUUCUUAUGACCAUAUUUUCAUGGUCAGAGAAGCAGUUAUAAGAGACAAGUAGAAACUCUUUAUUUUGCAGAAAAUUGUAGGUUAUGGGUGGAUAUAGACAUUAUCCAGAAUGAGAUAUUGACAUUAUAUUGUACAUAGACAGGAAGGAAACAAAAAACUUGAGUUACCAUUUUUUCUUGAUAGGGCUCGUAUAACAUUUCUAGGAUUUUCAAAAGAUGGGUGCCAUUUCGAGGACUAUUUUUCCUGCAUGUGAAAGCUUGUGUUUCUUUUGUCCUUCAUUGAGGGCAAGGUCAAGACAUCCUCUUAAGCGCUACAAGAAAUUGCUUUCUGAUAUAUUUCCCCGAUCCCCAGAUGAGCAACCAAAUGAUAGAAAAAUUGGUAAACUAUGUGAAUAUGCUUCAAAAAACCCUCUUCGAAUACCAAAGAUAACGACCUCGUUGGAGCAAAGAUGCUACAAGGAUCUGAGAAAUGAGCAAUUUCAUUCUGUCAAAGUUGUAUUAUGCAUAUACAGGAAGUUAUUGGUUUCUUGUAGGGAACAAAUGCCAUUGUUUGCAAGUAGCUUACUUGGAAUUGUUCACAUUCUAUUGGAUCAAACACGACAUAAUGAGAUACGGACAUUAGGAUGUCAAGCUCUAUUUGACUUUGUAAAUAAUCAGAUAGAUGGCACUUAUGUCUUCAAUUUAGAUGGUUUAGUUCCAAAACUUUGUGCUUUAGUACAAGAGAUGGGCGAAGAUGAGAAGAUAAAUGAACUUCGGUCAGCAGGGCUUCAAGCUCUUUCAGCAAUGGUGUGGUUCAUGGGUGAAUUCUCUCAUAUUUCAGCAGAUUUUGACAAUGUUGUUUCUGUUGUCUUGGAAAAUUAUGAAGCACAAAAAGGAUCAGACAAUAAAAUGGUGAACACAAAUGUUGAACAAAGUUCCUCUUCUACAAACUCUGUGACAACAAUCCCCUCGUGGAGAAGCAUUAUUAGUGAGAAUGGAGAACUAAUUAACAUAUCUAUGGAAGAGUCCAAAGAUCCCUCAUUCUGGUCUAGAGUUUGCUUGCGGAAUAUGGCUCAACUAGCAAAGGAAGCUACAACUAUGCGGCGUGUACUUGAAUCUUUGUUUCGCUACUUUGACAGUGGUGAUCUAUGGGCUCCUGAUGAUGGCCUUGCUCUCUCUGUACUACUGGAUAUGCAAUCCAUAGUGGAGAAUUCAGGACAUAACACACAUUUUGUGUUGGCCAUCUUAAUCAAGCAUCUUGACCACAAGAAUGUUCUAAAGAAGCCUAGCAUGCAGCUUGAUAUUGUCAGCAUUUCCACUUGUCUUGCUCAAGCAACCAAGGCCCAACAAUCUUUAGCUAUUGUGGGUGCAUUGAGUGAUAUGAUGAGGCACCUAAGAAAAAGCAUACACUGCUCUCUGGAUGAUUCUGAUCUGGGCAAUGAAGUCAUAGAGUGGAAUCGUAAAUUUCAAGAGGCAGUAGAUGAGUGCCUUAUACAAUUAUCACAAAAGGUCGGGGAUGCAGAUCCUAUUCUUGACGUGAUGGCUGGAAUGUUGGAGAAUAUGUCAGCCAUUACAGUCAUGGCAAGAACCUUAAUUGCAACUGUUUACCGAACUGCUCAAAUUGUUGCAGCCAUUCCAAAUUUGUCCUACCAUGAUAAGGCAUUUCCCGAAGCAUUGUUCUUUCAGUUACUUCGAGCUAUGGUCUAUGAUGAUCAUGAAACACGGGUGGGUGCACAUCGUGUAUUCUCUAUCGUUCUUGUCCCGUCCUCUGUUUGUCCCCGUACCAACAAUGGUUCUACGGUAUCCAAUAAAUCGGCCGAUAUCCAAAGAAUGCUUUCAAGAACAGUGUCUGUGUUUUCUUCCUCAGCUGCACUCUUCGAGAAGCUAAAACGAGAAUCAAAUUCCUCUCAAAAAAAGACGAAAGAUGAUAGAAAGGUUAAAUAUGUUGACUGUAAUGAUGGUCAAAUGAAAAAUUCUCCUUCGAUGAUGAAUAGAUUGAAGUCCUCAUAUAGUCGAGCUUAUAGCAUAAAAGAGCCAGCUCCAGCUUUGCCAACGGAUCUGAGUAAUAUGAGUGUUGCCGAGAAAGAACAGAUUGUAUCCCUUAGGUUAAGUAGUCGGCAAAUAGGACUUUUGCUUUCUUCGAUUUGGGCACAAUCCUUGUCACCUCUUAAUGAACCUUCAAAUUAUGAAGCAAUCGCUCAUACUUACAGCCUGACAUUGUUAUUUGCAAGAACCAAGAACUCUUCCAAUGAGACUCUAAUUCGGAGCUUUCAGCUUGCGUUCUCACUAAGGAGCUUUGCUCUUGCAGGAGAAGGAGGGAGAUUAAAGUCAUCCCGUCGUAGAUCAUUGUUUACCCUGGCAUCAUCUAUGAUCAUUUUUACAUCCAAAGCAUACAACAUACCUCCACUUGUUUCUAGUACUAAAGCUGCAAUGACAGAGAAAACGGCCGAUCCAUUUCUUCAUUUGGUUGAUGAUAACAAGUUACAAGCGGGUAACAUGGAUAUAAAUCAACCAAACAAAGCUUAUGGCUCUAAGGAAGAUGAUGAGCAAGCAAAGAAGUCGCUUUCAGCAAUCGUAACAUCAGAGAGUCAAUCUACAGAAGCAUUGGCAUCGAUGAUAAUGAAGUUUAUUAAACUACCGUCAAACGAAGAGCUAUCCAUGCGACAACAGUUGCUUAGUGAAUUUAUUCCACAUGAUUCAUGUCCUCUUGGAGCUGAAUUGUUCAUGGAUGUACAAGAGAACAAGUCAGCAAGGAAAGAAAAGGAAAAUGAACUUUCUAACAAGGAGACAUCUUCAUUGUUCACAAUUGAUGACAAUGCAACAUCAACAACUGAGGGUCACGCAGAAGCUGAUAAGGAGCAAGCUAUUGAAAGUCCAAGCCUCAUUAGUGUUGUUGACCUUCUAACUGCAGUGUCUGAAACAACGAAUCAAGUUGGAAGAUCUUCGGUCUCAACGCCGCCCCACAUACCUUACAUGGAAAUGGCUGGCCAUUGUGAAGCUCUUUCUGCUGGAAAGCAACAAAAGAUGUCUGUUGUAUUAACUGCCAAUCAGAGGCAAGAAAGCGCAAUCAAAAUAUCUGUUAUUGAGCAAAACAAGCCAAAACAGAACCCAUUUGAUCUUCCCAUUGAGCAGAGUGGAAACCCAUUCAUCAGCCAAAACUUCUUCACGAAUAUGCAAAAUGCACCUAGCUCGAGUGGCACAAUGCUAUGUGGAACUGAGUACCAGCAUCACCAUUACUUCCAGUUGCCAGCAUCGAGUCCAUAUGAUAAUUUUCUUAAGGCGGCUGGAUGUUGAAACCCAAAGGAGUGCUUGCAUCUCAUAAGGUUGUUGAUCCACCAGAAAUUAUGUUUUGUUGUUGUUGUUGUUGUUGUUGUGUUAAAACAAGAAAUGAUGCUUUGAGAUAAAGCUAUAUACAUAGGUCAGAUAACAGAAAGAUUUGCAACAUUUGAAAAUAGUAUCUUUCUAAACUAAAAAGAAUGUGCUAAUAUCGAGGAAUAAAUAGGAAAAAGAAGAAAACAUUCAUCUGUAGAGGAAGAGGUUCUAGAGAGGUUUUCAUCCAAAAUAAAAAUCCUCUCAAGUCGUUACAAAUUGUAGAUCAAUGACCUAGUGUGGUUUUCGUGAUUCUUCUUAUGUUAUAGUCAUAGCUUUACUUAAUAUCACGAUGACAUUAUUUAGAAGGGGAAGUGAUAUUCUUCUAUAGUCAC